UAAAGGCGGCGCUUUGGAGAGAGGUGGGCGGGUCCCCUUCGCUGGUCAGUAAUUAGCUAGCUGAGUCGCCGCGCUGGACUCGCACUCCCCAGCGCAGCAUCAGCGUCUCUGAGCUGGAGUAUCCGCGCCCGCAGGUCUCUCCAGAAAGAUGAGGAUAUUUGUCAUCUUUGUACUCACAGCCUACUCUCAUUUGCUGCAUGCAUUUACAAUCACAGUUCCCAAGGACCAGUAUGUAGUAGAGUAUGGCAGCAAUGUGACCAUCGAAUGCCACUUCCAAGUACAAAAACAAUUGGACCUGCUUUCAUUAGUUGUGUACUGGGAAAAGGAGGAUAAGCAAAUCAUUCAAUUUGUGCAUGGAAAAGAAGACGCCAAGGCUCAGCACAGUAGCUUCAGGCACAGGGCCUGGCUGCUCGAAGACCAGCUCUUCAAGGGAAAUGCUGCGCUUCUGAUCACAGACGUGAAACUGCAGGAUGCGGGGGUUUACUGCUGCGUGAUCGGUUAUGGUGGUGCUGACUAUAAGCGGAUUACCUUGAAAGUCAAUGCCCCAUACAGCAAAAUCAACCAGAGAAUUUCCAUGGAUCCAGUCACUUCUGAAUAUGAACUAACAUGUCAGGCUGAGGGUCACCCUGAAGCUGAAGUCAUCUGGACAAGAAGUGAUGGCCAAAUCCUAAGUGGUGACACCAUCGUCACCAAAUCCCAGAGGGAGGAGAAAUUUUUCAAUGUGACCAGCACACUGCAAAUCAACGCAACAGCUAAUGAAAUUUUCUACUGUACUUUUCAGAGAUUAGGUUCUGGGGAAAACUAUACAGCUGAGUUGAUCAUCCCAGAAUCACCUACUAUACUUCCAACACAUAACAGGCAUCGUUUUGUGAUAAUGGGAAUCAUCCCAUUGUUCUCUGUUGUGACACUGGUCCUAUGCUGCCUACGAAAAGAUGUGAGCAUGAUAGAUGUGGAAAAUUGCAGCACCUGCGAUAUGAACUCAAGGAACCAAAAUGAUACACUGUUUGAGGAGACGUAACCAGCACUGAAACUUGUAAGUGUCAAGCAGGGAUUCUCCACCUGUGGUUUGGGAGUUCAGGAAAGAAAGGGCCCACAGGACGUGGGGAGUGUUGGAAUUUAAAGUCCCAAACACUGAAAACUGAACCUGGAAAGAGAAGAGGAGGAGAAAGGUGAAGACAGGUGAAGUACAGAGGGGAGCCUGGCGGGAAAUCUUGGUACCUCAGUAGCUAAGGAACUGUGAGCGACAAAAGAGACAGAAGACACUUCCGAAUGAGGAGCGGGUUGAGAAUCCCUGAUGAAUGGUCAGCUCUCAUGGCAGCAUCCACUGCUUCCAUUCAGUGCCAGUGUCUUCUGCCUCGCUGACAGCCUCAGGAUUGCAAGAGUGGUUCAGUACGAGUUGUUUCUAUUUAUUUUGAGUCUGUAGCGUCUUCUUGUUAUGAAAGUACGGUUGUGAGUUAUUUCUUUUGAAGAUAAAGUAGGUGUUAGAAUUCUGCCACUUACCUGCUUGCUCAUGUUUAACAACACAUACUGUUUGUAUCCUCUGUAAGUAUUCUUACAGAUAGGAAGCACUGAAUUGUAUGACUUUUACCUUAUUUAACCAACUCACUAGUUGGGCUGACUUGAAUAAUCUUAUCUUCAGACUUCAAAGGCCUGUUGCAGUGUCAGGCUCACAUAAACAUCAGCUUUAUGAUUGCGUGGGAUUUUACUCAUACAAUCUCAUUUCAUCUCCGUCACAGCCCUGUCCUGGUCACCCCUAUACUAUAUUCAUUUAAUAGUGGAAGAGGCAGAGAGGUUAUGUGACUUGCCCACAGCAGGAAAUAGCAGCCCUCAGAUUUCUACAAUCUACCUGCCAUCCUUUUACAGUGCAAUUGAUAGCUCUACUUUCAGAACCUCAUUAAUUCAAAAAGCAUUUAAGCGUCUUUGCACAUGACAGGUGUCUUGCACUGUGCCAGGCACUGAGUCUAUGAAUGUUAGCAAGACAAAGUAUCUGAGGAGUAUACAUAAAUGCAUUCAUAAUCAAAGCAACUUUUAUGAGAAAUAAGUAUUUAAAAGAACUGUGGAGAAUAACUCUUGAAUUCUUUUGCUAGCAUUAUGUUUACACUGAUUUAUCUACCUUUGGCAUAUAAUCUGAUGUUUUUCUAUACAGUGUCUGUUAUGUCUUAGGAGUCCUUUUUUUUUUAUUGAGAAUCACAUUCCCCAUGAUUCAAAAUUCAAGUUGUUCAAUAGAAAAAAAAAUACAACAUUACAUUCUACCCUCGUAGUUAUCCAGUUUUCUUCUCUAUGAACAACAGAUGUUGCCGUUUGUCCAUGCAUUCCUCUAAAGAUAGUCUCUGUGUGAGAGUGCCUGUUAAAAGUAUAUUUAAAAAUUUUUCUCAGUGGUAAGAAAUUAUAUAUCUACUAUGCAUUUUGCGAUUUUUAUUUAAUAUAUUAUUUUCUGUGUGGCAACUGGAACAAAUUUGAGGUUCCCAGAAGACAGAAACUGUGUCAUGUCCAUUCUAGAUUAUGUUUCCCAUUGCCUCCUCGUGUCUUCCAUAUGAUUUACUAUGUGUGUGUACCUACUACAUGUAGCUCUGCACAGAUGUCACUGUUAAGCGCUUGUUCUAUGACUGACUUUGGACUCAAGUUAUUUUGUGUUUUCUCAAAAGGAGAGCCUGAGUUGCGCAGGGUAGCAUGAGUCAGUACGAUACCAGUAGCAUCCUUAUUACUACCGCUGUGUGGAGAAGUGUGUCUGGAACUUUUUUCUAUGUUUUCUCUUGAGUACAAACUUCACUUUGCUGCUGUACUUGUGUCAUUCCAUAUUCUUUCUGGAGGCUCUAACAGUACACUUUGACUUUGGGCCACACUGGAUCCUCAUCUGUUCCUGAAAAGGUUUAUUGUCCCUGCUCGGACCCUUGAACAUGUCCUGAUCUCAUCACUCCCGUGGCCUCUCAAGAUAGUGUUUUCCAGAGACUUUUAGGUUCAGAUGGCCUCUAUAGCCCCAAAUUUUGUUGGCAUCUUCUUUGUCUUGCUACAUGUUGGGACUGAAGAAAGAAUUUCCAGCAGAGCUCCUCCCGUUGUGUGCAAGUAUGGAUUUAUUUAUACAAUAAUUUGUCACUCUCGGUGAGUGAGAACAUGCGUUUGCUGGACUCCUAAGUCACAGGACUUUGCGUUGCACUGGAUUUGAAAGGCACUUUACUCCCUUUGUCAUGUGUUUCAUUGUAAAUGGUGAAAGCAGAAAUGAUAUGUAAUUCUGUAUAUGUCACUGUUUGUAUUAGUUUUAUAAAAUAUUAUUAUUUAUUUUGUUCCUCAAUAUACUUGCAUAUCCAUUUUCUUAUUUUCUCUGUGUUUUAUAAAAGCAUGCCCAGUUGAACUUCCCAGGGGAGAGUUCCUGGAAAUGUCUGCUGCCUCCUCCCUAGUUAUUUCUUUCUCAGAGCUUCUGUGUUUACACAGCACACUUUUCGAUCCUACAUGUUGAGAAUAAAAAGAACGUACUUAUUUAAAAAAAAUUAUGGACAAAUUUCAUUCUCUUACACAUAAUAGCUU